AGAGAGCUUCAAAUUACGUAUAAGAAUCAGCUGUGAACUUGUGAACUGUCUGAACGUGUGAGCGCCACAUUGUUGUUAACAAAGAAGAAAAAGCAAACGCAAAACCUGAACAGCAAAGACUUAAACAAUCUACAACUGAUAAAGUGUUAGACACUUUGAGCAUGGAAUCAACACUUAGUUCCGGUGGCUCGAAUGCAUCCAGCGAAUGUGCUAUAGAUCCUGGCGGUGAUAAGCUUCGAUGCCGCGGCUAUGAGGGCACGCUAUGCACUAUGUUCAUGGGCAAUACUGGCAUACAUAAUGGCAACCCCGUGCUCACCCAAGAGGUGAAGGAUCUUUAUCGCAAUCUAUAUACCAUCUCGAAGCAACUGGACGAUGCCAAACGCAGCGUGCAGAAUAUUGGUCAAUUAUUUAAUCAUGAUAUCGAAGAGAAGCGCGCUCUUCUAGUGCAAUUGUGCAAGCAGAUACUUUUCAAGGACUAUCAAUCGGUGGGCAAAAAGUCACGCGAGGUCAUGUGGCGUCGAGGAUAUUAUGAAUUCAUAGCCUUUGUAAAGAAGCAUAUGCAUAAGCAGGGAGCUGAUCCGGAGAAUAUGCAAAAGUUGGAACGCUUUCUAUGCGCAGGCAUUUGGAACUACAAGCGCUUGUCGGCCAGAAUGGAGGAGAUCUAUGAUUUGGAUUUGAAAUAUCUGAUUGAUUUCUCCAUCAUCAGUGAAGGGUAUUUAAUCGAAUGCAUAGAUGAUCCAACAGUGAGCAAGGAAAUGGAACUACCACAGGUAGCUGUGGAUAAGAGCCUGGAGGCAGUGGGUUUUGCCUUGGAUACUAUACACUCGGCGCUGCUAAGCUUGGGUGAUUUACAUCGUUACUUCUUGGACUUUCACAUUGAGAGCAAGCUGGGCAUAAACAUCAGCAAGGAGCAAGUGGCCAAGUAUUAUCUGGAAGCUUUUAAGCUAAAUCCGGCUAUAGGCAUGGCUCAGAACCAGCUGGGAACGUUGUAUUAUGGUCAGAACUAUGAUCUGGAUUCAAUUUAUCAUUAUCUGUACUCUUUGGUGUCGAUUAUACCCUUUGAACUGAGCGAGAAUAAUUUGAACAAAUUGUUUGCCAAGCAUACUGAGUAUCUGGAGAAAAUGGAUCCCGCCAAGCUGGAGUUUAAUAUAGAGGACUUCUAUGCGCGCUUCUAUUUAAUUGUGGACAUUUUCUUCUUCGACAAGGAGGUGCCCGACUUCAACUCGCUAUGUCAUUGCGUGCUCAUUGAUUUACGCAAAAUACUCUGCGCCCAACAGCUGCGUGUGCCCGAGCCCAGCAUCUUUAAGAUAAUAUCUAUACUGUUCUUUUGCCUGUCCAAGCUGAAGAUGAUCAACUCGCCCAAGGUGUACUCGCUGCACGCUUUUCUAGUGGCCGCCUGCUCAGAUCUUAUGGAUGCCUGCAUUGUCAACAUAGAGCAAACAAUUUUGGCACGCGCCGCCGACAACGAAACCUUCCAGGCAGAGUACGAACAGCAUUUCCAAGAGUUUGACACCAUGGUGCGCAAGUCGCGCAAUGAACAUAAAAACUGGUUGGCUGCAGUGGGCGAAUCCGAGCGCAAGGACAAAAAGGCAAUGGGCAGACCACAGUCGCACAAGGACUGCAGCUCCGACUCACGCGAUAGUCAAAAAUCUGAAGACGAUGCCUGCAUCAAGGCACAAGAUGCAGCUGAAGGGGAUAAGCUCUGCGCCAGCGCUGACAAUGCUGAGCCUAUAUCUACACGCUCCAGCGAUGAGGCCAAGGAAAGUGAUCUUAAGACACCGCUUAGCUGCAAGAGCAAGCGCCGUGGCAUGCGACUGCGUCGACGUCGUCGCAAGAUAGCGCAAUCUGACGAUAGCUCUUGCUAUGAUAGCGAAAGCGAAAUGGAUACUGACUUCUACAGCGAUGAGGAGGAUUAUACAGAUCUAAGCUCCAAUUUUGAUACGGACUUUAGCGACAUCGAUGCGGCUGAGCAUGAUGACAAGGGAGGAGAUGUACUAAUACUCACUCCAGACCGUCCGCUUCGCGUACUGGCGAACCCCACCGCCAUCUACUCAAGCAGCGAGGAUGUUGUAAUUGAAGAGGAGAGACUUGUCUAUCCCGAUGAGGUAGAUCGGUGCCCUGAUUCAAUAGGUCGGUGCCCUGAUUCGGUAGGACGAUGUGCCGAUUCUGUAGGUCGCUGUCCCGAUUCGCAGGAGGUGGACUCUGAGGAACUGCUGCGCAGCUUUGAAGUUUUGCAAUUGCAUUUCAAAGGUAAUGAGGAACAGCUUGAGCGUGAACGUGCACAAGCUGCAGCUGCAGCAGAUGCUGCUGUCAUGGCCAACAUGAAAGAGCCGCCCAAGAAGCUUGUCUAUCGCAACAAGUACACCAAGAUUAAUCCGAAUAUUAUUAUUGAUUGUCUGCACAAUGAGCCCACAAUUACCGCGCUCAAGAUGCUCUUUGAUUGGCUGCGCAUUAAUCCAGAGAUUCUCAUUGGUUGCUAUCACUCCAAUCCGGAGUUUGUGCACAAGAUUAUGAAGCUGUUGAACUAUUGCAACAUUGAUAUUUUCACACGCAAGGUUUACUUUGAGCGCGAGCUCUUGAAGACCAACAAUGUGCGUGAGGCGCUUGUGGAGCUCUUCGAUGUGCGCGCCAAUGUGCCGCUGAGCGAGGACUUUGCCUUCAAGAACUUUCACAUUUUCCAAAGCACUCAGAUCACACUCGACUGGGAAACAAUUAUCAGAGAGCGUGUCACACCACAGGAGGAGUCCAUAUUGCGCAUCUUCAAGAUGGUUGACUUUGGUUUCUUUAUAUGCAAGCAAAAGAAAUUCAAUUAUCGCUUCUGUGUCAAGACUCGUCGCUUCACAGAGAAUCAGAAAAAGAAGCGCGAGGAGAAAAAAGGCGGCGGCUCCCGGCGUCGUGAGCGACGCACUGCACCCAAGACCACACGCAAGCGCAGAGGACGCACUCGUGCAAGCUACUCGGAUCGCAAGAAUGGCAUCGUGCGCAAGAGCUACACCAGCAACGAGGAAAAGGACACUGUCGAGGAGUGCCGCAAGCUGCCACGCAAGGGCUAUCUACGCAAUCGCAAUGCGGAAAAGGCGGCUGCCCUACUAGCCAGCGCCACAGGCACCUCCAUAGCUGGUGGCACAUCGGCUUCGGCCUCAACUACCACCAAUAGUGUCAUUGAGAAGCUGAAUCUGCAGUCGAGCAGCGGCGCCGAUGAGGAACGCUCCGAGGCCAUGUCCAAGAAAUGUGAAAUUAUGGGCAAACUCUGGCUAAAGAACGAAGUGGAAGCCCUGGAGACAGAGUUGCGCGAUAGUCCUGCACAUGUGGUCAUGUCACCAUUUGUCGUAGUGGAUGCCAAGGCACUGACCGAAUACAACAACAUUGUCAAGUCGCUGGUGCGCACCAAGAAGUGCAUUGUGCUUAUACCCAAUGCUGUGCUCAAUGAGCUGGAUGAGCUAAAGAAGCGCAGCGAGAAUGUGCGCCAUGUCAUACGCUGGCUGGAGCAGGAGUUCAAACAGGGCAAUCGCCAUCUGCGCGCUCAGCGCGACAAUGAAAGUCAACCGCUUUCACUGAUAAAGAUAUCACGCAAAAUGGAUCGCGAUGCUUCAGUUUUCUUGCAGAUAGCGCAAUUCUGCAAUCAUUUGGUGGCCAAUCAUGCCGAUCCGCAUGUGAGCGAGCUGCAAAAGAACGUGGUCACCUAUCUGUCUGGAGACAAUCUGCAUGAGAAGAACCGUCAGCAGCAGAAUUUUAGUUAUACUGGCAUACUCGACUCCAUACCCGUACGCUAUGCCCAAAUCCAAAGCUUCUAUGCCAAGUUCAAGGCCAACAAAAAAUGAGUGACCAAUUAGAGGGACGCUAGGUGGCAGCAAUGCAAAGGCGAUAACUGCAGAUGCAUAUUUGCAAAAACGGAUGCAAGCACAGUGUGUUCUCUAUACAACCACAAAUCGACAUGGAGUUCCAAGUUAACGAAGUUUCUCUCAGACCAGCGGCCAGCGGGCAACUGCAAUCAAAAAUUUAAAAAACAAACCAACAGCGAUCGCUGCUGCAGCAGUGAUUUUUGUUGUUGUUGUUGUUGUUGCU